AUGGAGCGGCUGCCGCUCGAUGUGCGCGCCUGGUCGCAGCCGCUCGUGCUCGAGUGGCUGCAAAACCUAGAGCUUGAUCAGUACGUUAGCCAGUUCGCCGAGAAUGAUAUCGACGGCGAGGCGCUCGUGCUGCUCGACGACGACGCCUUGCGCGACCUCGGCGUCGCGUCGAUCGGCCAUCGUGUGACGCUCCUCGAAGAGAUCUACCGCUUGAAAGAGGCGCACGGUGUGCCGCUCGAGCCAGGAGACUGGGUACCUCAGAACUACGAGGUGGCCGACGCCGUGCCGCCGUACCUUCACGCAAUGCUCCAAGAGCGAGACGAUCGUAUCGCGGCGCUCGAGGCGCGCGUUUCGCAGCUGAGCACGAGCCUCGUUCGCCUGCGCGAGGACGUCGUGGGACUCACGCGUGCUACUGAUCGGCCGGACGUCGUGGCGCAGGCGCCGGUAUUUGACACGAGCCAUGCCUCGGCACCGACCCGCUUGACGGGCAUCGCCUCGGCGCCGAACGCGUCGCCGAGCUACAUGACGCCGCGUGCAAGCUCCCCGUACGGGCGACCCCAGACGCGGGGGCGCACUCCCGUCGCACAUACCCCCGAGACACCGUAUAUGAGCGUGCCGCGGCGACUCGAUACGGGCGAUUCGCACGCUCUGUCGCCGUUCCGUGUGCCGACAGCCGAUGCGACGGACCGCAGCGCACCGCCGCUGCGCCUCGUCGGCAGCCUGUCGCCGAUCAGCGAUGCGGUCGUGCAGAUGCUGCAGGCCUCUGGCGCAGACGUGCGGCCGACACCGGGCGAUGAGCAGGCGACGGUCGACGACCCGGUGAGCUUGCUGCUCACUGCCGCGCUGCGCAAGUACCAUGUGCGCGAAGACUACCGGUCCUUUGCCUUAUUUGUGCACUACCAUACGACCGAUCGGUGCUUGUCGUACGAGGAGAAGCCGCUCGUCGUCGCGCACCAGCUGCGCGAGGCAGGGCACCAGCCCUACUUCAGCGUGCGGCGGCUCAAGGAUGUCGAAUCGCCCGUAACGCUCGCCGAAAGGAAGCUCGAACUCCGCCGCCGCGAGGCGGGCCGCGCGCUCAAGAACGAGGCAAUGCGCGCGCGUGCGUCCCUGGUCGAUCUCGAGGAGCCUGUGAACAACAUACACGUGUACAGCGUGAGCCACUUGUUGUCCUGGCCUGAGCUCAGCGGAGGGCUCGGCGAGCAAGCGGUGCGCAACGCGCGGCUCAUGGGUCCCGCUUCGGGGCUGCAGAAAACGCCACCGCAUACGUACACGUACGCGCUCGCGAUCUAUCCCUACGAGUCGGAGCGCGAGGACGAGUUCGACGUGCAGGCCGGCGACGCGUUCAUUGUCCUUGCCAAGGCCAAGGGGUGGUGGGCGCUGCGCCGCGACUCGGUCGCCGACGGCCAGGGCGACAUCUACUUUCCAAAAGAUGCCUCGCGCCCGGGCCAGCCGCCGUACCUCGAGAUCUGGACGGGAUGGGUGCCGGCCGGGUGCCUGCUCGAGACGUCGCGCCCGGUGGCCGACCUGCUCUUUGCGCAGGCCGGAGGGCUCAUUUCGCCGGCUGCGAGCAUCGCGCGCUCGACGCUCGCCGCCGGGCCGAGCACGCCGACCAAGACGCUGCGCGACGAGCUGGUCCACGCUCCGAUUCCGUUGUCGAUCGUCCUCUCAUCGGGCACCUUUGGCACCAUGCUCGCCGACUUUGAGGCGCCGGACGGGCAGUUGCGUGUGCAGGCCAACGAACGCCUGCGUGUAUUCAAGCGCCACAACCACUGGUCGUACUGCAUCGUGGACGGGCCGUCGCCCGCACGUGGAUGGAUUCCGAGUUGGUUGUUGCUCGGCGCGGCGCUCGUCGCGCUGGCCUAUGCGCACGGCGGGCACCACACCCCGGUGAAUGUCGUGGAAGAGAAAAAGAAGCCGGUAGACGCCGCGCUCUGGAUUCAUAUUGCGCUCGAGGCGACUGCGUGGGCCGUGCUGUUUCCUUUGGCUAUGGUCCUCGGCCUGGUGCGGCAUAAGCUCCACGUACCCCUGUCGAUCGCGGCGGUGGGCGUCGCGUUCACGGGAUACUUUUUUGGGAGUCACCAUGGUGGUAGGCAGUUUACGCACACGGUCCACGGCACCACAGCAAGUCUCUUGUUUGUCGUGCUGCUCGUGCAGGCCGUGUGCGGCGUCUACCUCAAGCUGCACCUGUCUUGGCGCCUGGAGCAGUACAUUCGCCCCGUCGUCCUGCGCGUGCACGGUUUCUUGGGACGCGCAUUUCCCAUCAUUGGCUGGACACAGAUGGUGUUUGGCAUUGCGACGCUGCAGUCGUGGUGCAACGGCGGACACUUGGGCCAGUGCCUCGCGCACUAUAUCAUGGGCUCGGCAUUCGCCGCUUAUUCCGUCAUACUCUUGAUCAUGCUCAAGUGUGCGGUGGAAUGGCUGCGCCGCCGGGGCGUCUCGCAAGAGUACCUGGACAGCUGGGUAAUCCUGCUGUGGGGCAUUGUCAACACGUUUACCGAGCACCACGGCGGCCCGUGGACACACAAGGACCUGCAGCACACGCUCAUGGGUGUCCUGUGGUGGGCCGGCGGCGCCGUCGGUGUGUGGCUCAGCAGGACGGGCAAGCGCACCAUCUUUCCGGCGAUCAUCAUCGCCAUGACCGGCUGGGGCAUGAGCGGGCAUGCACAGGCUCUGAUGAUUUCCACGCAUAUUCAUGGCCUGUUUGGCUACGCGUUGAUGGCCGCAGGCAUCUGCCGCAUCAUCGAAAUCUGCUUCGUGCUGCACGACCGGCCGACCGGCGAGGAGCCGCGGGGGAGCGAGGACACGACCUGGUUCAAGAUCCAUGCGUUCCAGUACAUGCCUCCUUUCCUCCUUGUGGUCUCGGGCAUCCUCUUUAUGAGCGCAACCGACGAGGAAAUGCACUGGGCGGAUGCCAAAGGCGUCGACCACGUCACCUGGGGCCUGAUUGAUUUCUCCGUCGCAUUCGUGCUGUUCCUCUGGAUGAACAUUCUUAUCGACACCUACGUUGGCUACGGCGGGCGGUACGGCCUGGCCGGGGGGGCGUCCAUCGAGACGCCCAGCGCGCCGCGUGCCGGAACGUGGACCUACGCCAGCCUCGCUGCGACACAGCCCGAGACGCCGCAUACCCCGCAAGGCGACGAGUCCAUUCCUAUGGAUGCCUAUAGACCACCGCAACCGGCCGCGUCGCAGCCCGAGCACCAUGUGCUCUUUGACGAAGACGACCCGUUCGAGGACCCCGAACUGGUAAAAUAG